CGUUGAGGAAAAAAUGAGCACUACACGUGCGCUGUUGCUAUGCUGUCGCUAGAGGGAGCUACUUGUCUGUUAGCAGUCGGAUGUUGUGAAGAAGAACAUGGACGCAGCAAGCUCGAAGCGAUGGCAUCGUUCAACAUUUUCUUAAGAGUUUGCGCUGCUGUGAAGUUGCUGUAACACACCAAGAAGGUGGGAGCGCCGGUCAGUGGUUCCAUGGCCGUCGGCUAAUGGGCUAAGCGAUGCGGCACCACUGGAUGCUCCUUGGGGCUUGCGGCUGGGUGCUGCUCAUCCUGAUGUUUGUCAGCAAGUUAAUCAGCUUCAGAGCUGUAGAUGACUAUGGAGACCGGGUUGGUGGUCCGAGUUGGACGGUGCCAGGGAGCAAGGUGGUUAAACCCAUUCCUGUUUCCAGCCCAGAGAAACCAGUUCUCAAGCCAUCCGAUCAGCCCUCAGCGGUACCCACGGUGACUGAUUGGCAGUCCGUCGUUGAGAGGCGAAUCGAGUUGCUCUCCACAGUGUGUAAGAACAGCAGCCUGAGGAAUUUGACUCACGUCUCCAUCAGCAAGUUUGUCCUGGACCGCAUCUUUGUCUGCGACAAACACAAGAUCUUGUUCUGCCAGACGCCGAAAGUGGGCAACACUCAAUGGAAGAAGGUCCUCAUUGUGCUCAAUGAAGCAUUCCCCACCGUGGAGGAGAUCCCAGAAAACCUCGUUCAUGACCAUGAGAAGAACGGCCUGCCCCGUCUCUCAACACUCGCGCCGCAGGAAAUUACUCACAGAUUAAACACUUACUUUAAGUUUUUCAUCGUGAGAGACCCCUUUGAGCGCCUGAUUUCUGCAUUCAAGGACAAGUUUGUGAAGAACCCACGCUUUGAGCCGUGGUACAAGCACGACAUCGCUCCAGCCAUCAUCCGUAAGUACCGCAAGAGCCACCGCGACAGCGACCUCGCCGCCUCCGGCCUGCACUUUGAGGACUUUGUCCGUUUCUUGGGUGACGUGGACGGCCGCCACCGCAUGGACCGGCAGUUCGGUGAGCACAUUAUUCACUGGGUGACUUAUGCAGAGCUGUGCGCACCGUGUGAAAUACACUACAGUGUGGUGGGCCACCAUGAGACACUGGAGCAGGACGCCCCCCACAUCCUCAAAGCAGCAGGCAUCGACCAUCUGGUGUCCUACCCAGCCAUUCCUCCAGGCAUCACCCGCUAUAACAGAACCAAGGUGGAGCACUACUUCUCAGGCAUCAGCAAGCGGGACAUCAGGCGUCUCUACGCACGUUACCGGGGGGACUUCCAGCUAUUUGAUUACCCAAGCCCAGACUUUCUACUGUACUAAACUGAUUAACACUGACUAAAAGACAUGUUUUCAUAUAAAAUCCUCUCAACGUGUUUGGUUUACUGAACUACUGUACUGGACUAACAGACCUACAUGGCUGGUAUGCAGUAAAACGUUCUUAUUUUUAGGAAUAACUGACAUAGUAUGGCUGUUGGCUGAAUUAGCAAUGACUUUUUGAUAACUAAUAAGUGGGCUGUCCACAAACCUGUAGUGUCACAAUACAGUGAAGAGAAAAAGUGUUGCUGUAAAAGUUUUGAUGUGAGUACAGCACACUGUCACAUAAUGAGAUUUAGCAGUAACAUAAAAGCUGCAGAAGUUAUCAUUUUGUGUGUGUGUGGGGGUCAACAUUAAGAUCAAAUACAGGUACAGAACAGAUUUGCUAUCUUAUGUCCAACGUUCAUGAAUGGAUUCUCAAGUCAAAGAGAUGUACUCCAGGGUACUGCGAGGGAUUCAGGCCCGUUACCCUGUAAUGUAGCUAAUAUACUGCACUGUAUGGCUUCAUAUAAUCAAGGAAUACCAUGGACAAUGCUGUGUUUUGACAUGUCUUUUCUGUUGCGCCUUGCUAUCAUGCUUGACAUAGUCAAAGAGUCUGUAUCGGGCAUGCCAACAGUAUUGCGAAUGGCAAGAAUAUAAUGCAAACUAAUUGGACAUAGAUAUCUUUCAUGGAUGUUUUAAGAGUUGCAAUCAGUGUUAACUUGUUACCAUUGUUUUAUGAUUUAUUCAAGGCACGUUAAAGUCAUGUAAGACUGUAAAUUACCCUUCAAAUAUCAUGAGGGCUUAGUCCUGGCCAGACCUCUACUGUAGCUGUUUAAGUUGGUCUGCCUUUACUGAAACUGACAAAAGAUAUGAAAUGCCUGUCACUCCAGUUAUUAGCUGUUACAUUACUCUGGGUCAUUGGAAGGACUUUGGCACUAGAUUUUAAAGAAUGAUUUUUUUUCUUCUUCAAAUGUACUGUGUAAAUGUUGUUAACAUGACUUGCAACUCAACAUUUGUAUUACAUGUUGCUUUUUAUAAUAUUAACUUGACACCAACAGUGUCUCAAUUGUAAGACAGUGCUGCCUCCCAGCAACCACCUGGCGACCUUUUGGACAGGUGCUCAUAAUACAGGAAAACAAAUGUUAGUAAUAAAGUUCAAUGUGAAAUAA